AUGCAAAAGCAUGCUGCUGACAUCAGAAAAGACUCUCCUCUUGCUGAGUAUGUAGAACCAGCACCCUGGAAACCAGAACUCUUCAAUAUCAACUACACAGUCCUACCGGCAAGCAAAGAAGCAUGCACCGUUCAACAGCUGAAACAAGCAGCACAAGAUUCAAUAAGGAAAACGACAGCCACAAAUGAAUACUUUACAGAUGGAUCAGUAGACCUCAGCAUUCCUGCAGCGGCAGCAGGAGUCUACUCAACAUCACUAAAAGGGAGCUGGAGGCUCUCAGAUAACGCCUCCACUCUACAGACUGAGCUGAUAGCAAUCGCUAAAGCGCUAGAAGACUCUCAACACAAACUAGGAAACACAACUAUCCACACCAACUCAAAAGGAGCAAUACAAGCCAUCACAAAAGGCAAGGCAAAAGAAAAUAUCAAACUCCUGACAAGUAUAUGGGCAAUUGCCAACAUCCACCAAAUCAGAAACAGACAGAUUACUCUCAACUGGAUUCCAAGUCACAUAGGAAUCCAAGGAAAUGAGGAAGCAGACUCCCUAGCAAAGAGUGAGUUACACAUUAACAACAUAGGUAUUAAAAUCAGCCCCUCACUGACUCAACUUAAAAGCAAAGCCUCAGCAUACUGUCAAGUGCAAGAAGAAAGCAAAGUCAGGAGAGCGGUCUUUGGAGGCUCUAACACUACAAAGUGGUAUGUAGACACCACCAGUCUGCAACCACAUGACAUUCCCAAAGAUAUGUCAAGAGCAUUAGCAGUCAUAAUUCAUCGUCUAAGGCUGGGAUACCAAUGCACUUGGCAAAAGAUAGUAGGCAAUCCCAGGCCAUGUAAGUACUGCGAAAGAAUUCCUGAAGAACCUCUAGAACACUACCUCUUAGACUGUCCAGAAACGGAGCAACUAAGAGAUAGGUACAUAGGAAAUGAACGCACAACCACUCAAAUCACAAAGCACAUUCUAGCAAACACCCAUGAAUUAGCAGGUUUCCUAUGCUCCUACCCACCACCUAGGUAG